AUGUCGUCGCUUCCAACUCACAAUGGAUGGCUGGGCGACACGUUCAGCUACGCCUACGACCACGCCCAGUUCGCCCCACGCGAUGUGUAUGGCGCUUCCACCUCCCAUUCGCACCCGCACUCGCACUCGCAGCCGCCUCCACAAUCGCGCAGCGUUUCGCGCCCGCGCGUCAACAUGGCCUGCAAACACUGCCGCCAGAGAAAGGUGCGAUGCGACGGUCAAAAGCCCAAGUGCAGCCUGUGCACGCGUCUGAAGCGACCGUGCGACUACGUCAAGGUGACCGAGGAAGAAAACGCGGUGCUGCGCGACAAGAAGCGCAGGUCCAAGCAGCGCAAGACGGCCGAGCAGGAGGCGGCGCGCGCCAACCUCAACAGCCACGACGCGUUCCCCGCCUACCAUCCGUACCGUGGCGUUCCGGCGGCCUCCCACGCCGGCAGCAGCUUUGACGCCGAGGUGCCGCGUUCCAACGAGCAGCGCAUCGGCCUGCACGCUCCUCCUCUGCCUGCCGUCAGCACGGCAGGCUUUGCGACCACGCAGCCGUUUGCCUACGACACACGAUACCCUUCGACGAGCACCGCUGCCAACGCGCUGUUUGACGUCGGUGCGGGCCUGACGGGCUCGAGACGCCAGUCGACGACGACGCUUAUGGGUGCGCGCGCAUACAGCCGCAAGCCGGACUAUGCACGCGCUGGCGAGCCGAGGCCUCGGGCGUACGAGCCCGUGGUGGGCGCGCUGGCUGAGACCUCGUCGUUCGCCGGCGGACUCGGGCUGAGCAUGAUGCACGGCCAGACGGGCGGACCUGCAUUCGACACCCACGACUACAUGGCCGUCGCCUCGGCCCCUGCCGGAUACGGCUCAUUUCGCGCCUUUGCGAACGAAGCCAAUGCAGCCGAGCGACUGGCGCCUCGCUACUCCGCCCCGUUUGGCGCCCAGCCUGACGCGGUCGCCAGCCCUUACACACCUCAGCCGGGCGAGCUUCGAGCCACCCCCGCCCCGAUUGAAUCCGCCGUGAGCGUCUCGCCCAUGGCGGGCAGUCCGACGUUUGGCGUCGCCGUGCCGCCGCUCGAACGCGCUUCGUCCAGUGCGGGCUCGGGCGCGUCCGCUUCGCCUGCCAGUCACGGACCUGAAGCCACACCCCACCAGGAACUCGCCUCGCUCUGGGCCGAUGCGCGUCCGCCCACCUACGGCCAGGACCACUUUCGCGGCGCCUACGACGCCAAUCCCGUCUACGCCGACCACAACACGCACGCCGACUGGGCCGCUCACAAGAAGUGGGACCCUACCCUCACACUCUACGUCCACCCGGCCCUUUGA